GCCAUGGGCAACUCUCUUUGUAAUUAUAAUGACGCUGCCAUGAAAGAUGAAGAGGUAGACAUAGAACGAAUUCAUAAGUCAAAAGUAAAGAAAAAUAAGAAGAGGAAGAAAAGUAAGACUAAACGCAAAAAUAAAGGCAAGAAAAAGGGGCAGGAUAUGAGAGAUGAUACCACUGGAGCAGAUAGUAUGAAGGAGAUAUACAAUCCUGAGGAUGAUCCAGAGUCUAUAGUUCAUUAUAUGCCCCAAGAACCAGUGCAGAAAGAUACUAUGGAUGAUCCGGAUAAUUUAAAACUUGUACUUAAGGGAAGAGAGCUAGCGAUACUCUUAGAUGGAGAUAUAAGAAGCCAACCUUGGACACUUACUAAUAACGAAAGUGGAGUUGAGUUAUAUUCCCUCCCUCAAGAUUCAAAAUCUGAAUUUAGAAUGAAAAGAGUAUUUACUGUAGACAAACCUAUCAGUUAUUGAGCUAUGACGAUUCAAGACUUCCAAACAAAGCUAGAUGUCUUUCCAAAGCUGAAGGAGAUAAAAGUGAUAAAGGAUUUAGGAAACCAAUCUCAGAUUCUUUAUCAAAAAUUGAGAGGUAACUUCAAUAUCAGUCAGAGAGAUAUGGUAAUCUGCAACAGUGAAAUCCAGCUGACAAACGGAAGUGUUGCUAUCAUUGGCUACUGAACCAAAGAUCAUGGUGAAAAGUUCAGAAAACCUAUAGAAGCCAGCAGUUGAUCAGACCUUGUCCUUCUCCAACCUAAUUUAAACGACCAAACCCUAAUCACUAACAUCCAAUAUCUCGACAUCGGAGGUAACCUUUCCUCUACAGAAGUAACCAACCUCUCAAAAGGCUUCCACACCCAAUACACUAUCCUAAAACAGACACUUGAGGAAUAAUUCAACCA